UGAAGAUCAGUUUUGUUCCAGUUGUCGCUGGGGUGAGAUGUGUUGUGUGAAGUGUUUCGUACUCGCGUAAUGUGAUAUAAAAAUGGAUAUUCUCUUGUCAUGUGUAUUGUUGGCAGCAGUGAUAGCACUGCAAGGCCCAGUGGCAGUGGUCGGGGACGGCAAAUGUACCUACACUCGGGAGUUCAAGAUGCUGGGAGCAAACUGCUUCAACCAGAACUUUGAGGAAAUACCUCAGAACCUGAAUAAAGACAUUGAGAUUUUGUACGCAGCAAAGAAUCGGAUACGCAAGAUUACCAACUCCAGUCUGCGGGAUUAUACAUCUCUGAAACUUCUCUACCUCGGGGACAACCUCAUCACCAAGAUUGAACCUGGAGCCUUCAGUGAACUUACAGACCUUGAGGUGCUAGACUUGAGUCUGAACGCAGUCCACACUCUCCCCACAGACCUACCGCUGCCGUUACGCAAGCUUUACCUGGCAGACAACAUCGUGCUGCAGAACAUAUCUCUGACGGCUGCCUUCAACCUGGCGUACCUCAACAUGGCCGGCUGUGAACUGCGUCAUUUCCCUUCCCUCGGGACCCUGCCCAACCUCAAGGAGUUGAACCUGACCAGUAACCCAUUGGAGUCAGUGACGCCUGCAGACCUAGCGCCACUGUGCCGCCUGGAGAAGCUGUACUUGCCGCCUACCUUGUACCACCUGCCAGGCGUCACCACUCAGUGCCAAUGUCACCGCUUGCUUACCUGGACCUCUCAGCGGUACAUCGCUCUGCCUGGCUUCAACUGCACGGCUCUCGACGACCCAGACGCUGCGGCUUGCAAUGUGGAUAUGACAGAGGAGAUGAAGAUAUUCAAGACUUGCCUGGUGGCCACCCCGGCAUCAACCACUCGUUAUUUGCUGAUAGGUGUGUUGAUAGGGGCUCUAGUGGCUGCCUUUGUCAUCGUUGUGUGCUGGUGGCGCAAGAGCAGAAGGAAAAAGAACUCUGUACAGGACCAGAAACGAUCAGAAAAGACCAAGAACGCUAAAUCUGUGGACACGCUGAUAACGUGAUCUAUUUUUCCACGACAGCAACGACAUUUCUUAGCGUAAGCGAUUUUAUCUCAUCCCCAGAGUUUCAAGUUUUAAGGAGAUGCCAAAGUAAAACUUUGAAUAUCAGUGAUAACUGAUUUCAUCCAAAAUGUUUUAGAUGUGUUAAUUUGUAGAUGAGUUUUAGGUUUUGAUAAGCAGGUUUACUUGUUACUCGAGGUUUAGUUGGGAAGUUCAUCGAGUGUUGUUCUUUGUGAACAAGUAUGGUAUCAAAAGUUUGUUUGGAAUGGUUUGAAGGUAGUUUUCCAGAUUACUGCUUCUUCCAUUCUAUCUUAUGAAAGGUUUUGAAGUUUGUAACAAUGGAAGGAAUAGGAUAAAGAGUAUUUGACAGACAUGGUUGCCACAGACUGGGAAUUCUGGGAAAACUGGGAAUUAUGUGAGAGUUUUGUAAUAUCUUUGAAGGGAAACCUGAUUUUAGUCUGUGGUCACGGCAAAAUUGUGAAAGUUUUCAGUGGUCAUGGUAAAAUCGUGAACAUCUUAUGAGGUGACUACAAAAUUGUAUACAUCUGCGUCACAGCGACAUCAUCGUGUCUCCCACGAUCGCGGAAAAAUUGUAAAUAUUCUAUCUCACAUCUUCGCAAACGCUUUCUGUGUUUGCUUUUCUCUUUGCUUUUCUGUCCGCGCUCAACUGCUUCGGCUUGGCAUGACUCAACCUGACCUCAAAAAUAUCAUAAACCUGCAGACCCCAAGUAAAAUGUAGACCUAAAUCACAACUGAGAAAGCCCUGAAUUUUUUCAGGGAGGUUUGUGGCCACCCUAGUCUAGUAAAAGUAUCUCUUAAUUAUUUUAAAGAAGUAAUUUAAAUUGCUCUUCCAAACAAAUACAGUAGAAGGAAUGUGGUACACAAGUAAAUUACGCAAGAAAAGAGUUCCACUGGUUUAAAGCACACUGGAAGUUCACAACACAACACGACUAACUCAAUAUUUCGCACCUACAAGGAGACUUAUUUCAAAAGAGAGUAGGAGAACGGAUUAUUAUAGAAUUAUUGUAGAUAGCAGCGGGAUAUCAAGUUACGGUAAUUGUGUUGUCUACUUCCUGUGUGCUUUAAUCUGAUUGGAACUAUUUUUUUGGGUAAGUUAGUUGUGUAUCCAUUCCUUCUUCAUUGUAUUCCUUAGACAAGUGAUUUUUCCUCCAAAAAAACUCUUCCAAACAAAUGUAAAACUUAAUAAAAAUUACAAUGUAUUUAUUUUGCCAAUUUUCUAAGAUGCUCAAUCUUGAGCCAGUAGGAGAUGUAGCAAAAUUUAAAUCUUCUAUUAUAAAAGUAACUUAGUUAAACUCCCAACACAAGCAGUUACUUAAAAUUUGCAAACUAUUGAUUUUGAAAUAAUUUGAAACCAUCAAGUCAUUCUUACUUUGAUACCAUAAUGAAACGUAAGUAUUGAUUGUUUUCAAGUCGAUAAGACCACUUAGAAAUCGUAAGUGAUGAAAUAUAACAUUAAAAAUACAUUAUUUUCCAUUCCCCAUUCCCCUGCUUAUUCUAUACUGUUAAUUUUAAAAUAAAUUAACAUCUAUUAUUAAAACCACUGUACUUACUGAGUUUAGACUGUUUUCAACCUUGUACUUAAUCAAUGCAUUUAUUUUUUACAUCUAUUUUAGGUAGUGUUCUGGUACAAUAAUAAUUAACUUUUCUCUCGU